ACUUCCUUUAGUUUACUAGUGACAUUCGAACCGUUGGGACGGAGUUUCGCUGCCAGUGCGCGCGAUCGUAUUUUGGCUGGGAAGUUGUUUCUGGUCUGGCCUGGCCUGGUGUUGUUUCUUCAACGAACGAAUAAGUGACGAACCUGAGACACGGAAUGCUGCGGCGGUGAAUUAUUUCAGCUCAAUUUUUCGAGUUGUGAUGUGGAUUGGGCUUUGAUGAUUGGGCAAUACGCGAUGUUGUGAGUGACAAUUUGGUGGCUCUGAAAACAGCUGAUAAUCGAAGGGGAAAGGGCUGCAGGAAUUCUCUGUCAGUUCCGGUUACGACACUCGCCACCGAAGAGAACUGGACCGCAGUCGCCGCGAAUGUGUCACAACGAUGUCGCUGUGAUAGUGUCGUGAGGUUGAAACCGUGCUUUUAACGACGUUUCGAAGACCGAAGGGGUCGGGUCCAGGCGGCUGAACGUACCGAAAGAAGGUGGUGAAAUCGAUAUUGUGCAAUUGAUUGGUGGUUUGUUGUUUUCUUUCUCUUCCCUUACUCGGCGCUGUACUGGCUGGCAGCACUUGGAAAGAAAAUGUGAAAAUCGUAAUUUUUCUACGACUUGUGUAUGUUUUUGACGGUGUGCUAGAGUUAUCAAAACAUCGAGUGAGAAGAUGGUAAAUUUAAUUGCCAUCCAGGUGUAUUUAUUCAAGUAAAUUGUAACAAGGCGCUAAACGCGAGUAGAAAGAAGGAAGCCGUAACUAGCCAAACGAGCCAAAAAAAAAAUCCCAAGUACGCAGAAGCGAAAGAUCACAUACACUCGAUUCGGCCAAACAUUGUGCAGUUUUCGUUUUGUUUUGAGUGUUGAAGUGAGAGGAAAAACUUACCGAGAUGGGGCACUUUGGAUGCAAAUCGCUUGCAUGCAUGUGCAUUCUGUUGCUGAAUGUUGGAUUACUCUUGCAGCAAUCGUCAGCGCAGCAAAGUAAUUUUUUCUUCGGUCAACCCCAGGGUGGCCGGUUCGUGCCAUCCUUCGAGAAUCCCCGGAAUGGGUUUUUUCCUUCGGCCAUCCAACGAAAUCAACCGCCCGAUUCGUACCAGGAGCAGACGCUGUUCGUCGGUAGUCCCAGUAGUGGCCGGCAACCGGCUAGCCGUGGAGUUGGCACCGGCAGUGCAGACCGUGGAUCAGCAGCAGACCCGAACGGUGUAACGCCGUCGUACUUUCAGUUCACCUACACGACACCGAGAAGUCCGGAUAUUUUCGAAAUAUCACCCCGUCCGUUCUCGGCGACGCCGCAGCCCAACUCGGGCUUCCAGUACUCGCGUGGAUCACUACGAAAUGAGUAUUUUAGCGGUGUAUUACCGACCUCGAACAGGAACUUCCCCGGGGUUAGCGGUGGACAUCUUGUUCCUAGCAGCAGCAGCAGCAGUGGUACCAACAGUGGCAACAGUUUUCGCCAGUCGCAGAGGAAAAGCCCAUUCAGUAGCAGUGCCACCGGGACCAGUUUGACUAACGUUGAACCGUUAUCGACCGAAGGACCUCAGCGCCCAGCGGCCACGACGGAAUCGGGCGGAAGACGCGACCAGCCACUAUCGUACCUCUCGAACCGGGCCCGACCGUUCGGUAACGAGGAUUCACAGCCGUCACGAGGUUUACCGGGAUCGACGGCGGCACAACAAAGACAGCCCGGCUCGAAUGGCUCGCAGCGGUUGCCACCGUCGGUGGUGCGAAACGGUUUCCGAUCCAAGACGGAAGAUCAACCCAACCAACAGCAGCAGCAGCAGCAGCAGCAGCAGCAGCAGAAUGAGACGAAUAACGGUAGCAGCAAUCGGUACAGCAAAACCACUUUGAAGCCCAAUCGAUAUCGAUCUACCACCACACUGGAGCCGGUCACUGCGAAAAGUACCACGGUUGAGAGCGUCGUGCUGAGGAAUCGAUUUUCCGGACGAACACCAGCCCCGAACCCAUUCCGGCAAGCAUUCGAUUCCAAGCGGGUGAUCGCUACAAACAGUGCCACCACAUCGCGUGGCACUUUCGUCAAUUCGAUCAAAACGAAACCACCGACCAGUACAUCGACGUCCACAACGACGAGCACCACGACGAAGGCGGCUCCGUUAUCCCGAUUCAUUCAUCUACCGGCCCGACCGGUGAUCCCUUCGAUCAACAUCACCCACAAUGGAUCGGCAAAAUCGGCGGAAGUGAUCUACGACUACGAUGACUACGCGGAGGACCCGAAGGACGGAAGUGAUUUCGCGGACGAUCAACAGGAGAUUAGAGACUUCAAGACGACGACAGCGCAGAAAAAUAAUUCUAUCAGUGCUGGUAAGGAUGAGAAGAAAGCGGUAAGCAGCACGACAACCGUCGGUGCUCCGACUAGUACAACGGGGAAGGAAUACGAAAACGAGGAACGCGGAGGGAGUCUUAAUAACAUUAACGAAAACGAGUAUUAUGACGUGGUCAAUGAGAACGACGGGCAAAGGAAUUCGGAGAAAAUCGAAGAUCAUACAGUUAUUUUGACGGAUAACUUCUAUUUACCGAACUCGGGAUCGGAAGAAAUAACCGAUGAGGAAUUUGGUGAAGAGGAACUAGAGGAACAACACAAUGAAUCGAAGAAAGUUGAGCCUCUCGUGCCUCAAGUACAGGAAGAUAAAAAGUCGGAAGCGGAACCUGCGUACGACGAUGACUACGUCUAUGAUGAUGAGGAGCCUGUGAUUAGUACGACGGUGCAAGCAGACGUAAAACCACCGUCGCCAUCGGCGAAGGAUGAGUUGUCAGCCGAUAUCGAUACACUAUUUUACUCGGAGGAGGAUCCCAAGGAAGAAGCUGCCAUCAAUCAUUCCGGCGAAGAUUCUGUGCCUUUAACCACCCGGGCAACCACAACGGAAGCGACUUCCACGACCAGUACGACUCCGACGUCAACGACAGAAUCUACGAGUCAAGAGGCGAGUAGCACAACGGAACGAACGGUGAAUAGUUCCGUAGAAGCCGAGCUAACUUCCAAUGCAACCACCGAAAGUUGGGUCGUGGUUGCGUCAGUUCAAACUAGCAGAAGUGUGUCCGGAGCUCGCUUUUUGCCAUUCCCUCAGGUGGAACAGGAAGAGAAGAAGCAAAGUUUAUCGGAGCUGGAUUCGAAAAAUAGUAACGAAAAUGACGAGCUUGAAGUGACUACUUUGAGUAGUCAGGAGGUUGACCGAACCACGGUUGCCCCGCAGGAACCCGUUAUAGCAGUGACGGAUGAUUCGGAUGUUCCGACUACGGAAAAAUCGUUUAGCCAUCUAUCGUUGUCCACGGAAAGUAUCAAUGACAAGUUGGAUCGUGUACAGUCGGAAUUGUCGGUUGGGGUCCUAACGGGUAAAUUACCGGUGCUGAAAGAAAUGACGGUAGAUGAUUCGAAGAACCCAAGCUCCCUUCCGUCAGUGGUCAUAAGAAAAUUCCAACCGAGAGUUACAACGACAAAGAAACCUCGUCCAGGUUUUACGACCACCACAACAAAACCAACAACGAGCACGGAAAAUUUAGUUAAAAAAAUUAAUUUUGAUGCUAUUGCGGUAGAUGACAUUUCGUUCUUGCUACCACCCGACUACAAGCAGAAAAAUGCAUACAAGACGAAAAAAUUCGGAGCCAGUAGCACGACGCAUGAACCUUUGGCCGCUGCCAAAGUUGUGUUGAAUGAAGAACCGUUGAGACCGGAGUUCGGAAACCGAUUCCGACCGGCCAACAUUAGUAGAUCGUAUAAAAGUAACGCUCCGAUUCAGGAGUUGAGCUCUUUGUUACCAAAAGAUUACAGAUUGAAUAGAACGGAAGACGAAUUGAAGACCACCAACAAUCUGAAGGAACUGAUAAGCAAAGUAAGGGUGGGCGAAAAACCAAACGGAACUUUGGAUCUGCUCAAAAAGGCUCAACCGGUGGACAUCAGCUCAUUUUUACCUCCGGACUACAAACCACCGGGCGAAUCGGGUCCCAGCACGAAACCCGCCAAAGCUAGUGUUAUCGAAGACGACGUGAGUAAGUUGUUACCUCCAGGGUAUAAAAACUUUAAGACUUCGAAAAAACCAACAACAACAACGACAACCGAGGUGCCAUCAGUCGUUGACGACGAUGUUAGUAAGUUUCUGCCGCCAGGCUACAAACCACCGAAAGGAGAGCUCGUUGUCAACGAAAACAUUGGCAAAUUUUUACCACCGGGCUAUAAACCACCGAAGACGGAAGCAUCCACCAAAGCUUCAAUCGUAUUCAACGAAGAUAUCAAUAAGUUCCUGCCACCCGGAUACAAACCACCAGCUGAGGACAAAAUACCGGCUCCGGAAAUUAUUGAUCCCUCAACGCUGUUCAAACAGGUCAAGUUCAAAGACGUAUCCGCACUUUUGCCGGAUGGCUUCAAUGAAUCUAAAUCUGAAUCCGGUUCCAGUAACAAUAGCAGCAGCAACAACUUCAAGGUUGUCUUUCCCAGUCGACCGGGAAUCAAAAAACCGGGUUCUGGACGAUCAACAACAGCCAAACCGGUGCAUGCCGAGGGACCAGGAGCUCCUGACAUAUUGAUCCGUAAGGGACCACCCACUCGAGCUACAACCGAGUUCACCGGAUGGCCAACGCCAUCGACUACGCCACUCUCGAUUGAAAAACUGCUCGAACGUCAAAAGCAACAGGAGCUAUUGGAGAAAUUGCUAGUGGCUCCCAGUACUACAACGACUACAACUACUACGACUACCACGACGACCACAACACCGAGACCGACGGAACCUGGCCUGUGUCACUCGGAGUGUGAUUUAGCCGGUACGAUCCGUAUUGUAGACGGAGUCAAUUGGGUGCCGGAACUGUUGGAUCAUAACACUGCUGAAUGGAAGCAGCUUGCCAAGGAAGUGGAAGCCCAGCUAAACGAAGUCUACAGCAACGCACAGAAUCUUAGUAGAUGGUACAAAAAGGUGCGAAUCGAUAGUUUCAGCAAAGGUAGUGUCCUAGUGGAUUACUUCGUUGAGUUGGCUGAUCUGACGCAGGACGUCAACACGUUGGAGAUCAAGAAGCUGUUCCACGAAGCGUUGAUGCCGGUACCGGUUGUAACGACGACGCUGGAACCUAGCACGGAAUUGGACGGAGCGGACGAUGGAGAGCCAGAGGAACUUGUUAGAAAAUCAAAAGAGAAUUUACAAUCAGCGAUACCGAGGGUAAAGGAGGUGUUCCUGUUGGGCAGGUUCAAGGUGGAUCCAGUUUCGACAGAUUUCACCGUCAUUCCGAAACAAAUUCUUCCCACGAUACCUCCCGAGGAGGAAGAUCAGCUUCUACCACAAUGGGCAAUCGCUGGUAUUGUCAUAGGUUUGGCCUCACUUCUUUUUGUUGUCAUUUUUGGCGUUUCUGUGCUCAUCAAUCGUCAAAAGGCAGCUAAGAAGAAAGCCCCAACCCCGCUGACGGCAGAUAUGCUGAACGAGCUGAACAAAAAUCACAUGGGAGGAAUCGAUAACUUUGGUUCGGAAGAUCUGUACAAUCUCGAUGACACGUGGGAAGAUCAUACGCACGAUGUAAAACCCAAGCAGCGCUUCUCCAACUCCAUGCACGGUAGCAGUGCGUCGAAUAUCUACGACAGCUGGCGAUCGCAACGUCAUCCAAACGACAACUACUUCUACGAUGACUUUGGACUGAAGGGAUCGCAUUAUCCUCCGACGAAUCACCACCACCACCACAGGUUAGCAGAUGCGGCCUUCAUGAUGCAUGAACCUCCGCCACCGGUGAUGGCCCUGUACCCUCCGUAUCACCAUGCACCACCUCCUCCCAGCGGUCACUACAACACCAACUCGCGACGAUACUACCGAGAUUAUGAUCCCAAUUUUUAAGGGACGCCCCCGAUUUUCAUCUUUCCGUUCCCUCUCAUUAUGAUGCAACGAUAGUGCAAUUGCUGUCAGUAUCCUCGUUGCAGCGACUUAUUUUCUAGGUAGAGACAAUUUUAUUCGCUGGAUCAAUGCUCUACUCAACUGUACCUCUUCCACUCAGAUCCCGUUUGUGCUGUACAUCUGUACUCCCUUAGUUUAUGUAGUGUAAGACUUUAUCAUAAUGUAGGAUAAUUUCUAAUGUAAAUAAAUUAUUUAUUUUGUAAAAAAAAGGAUACAAGUCUCAAAGAUAAAAACAGUAGUAGAAUAA